UGUUUGAUGAAAUAAUGAGCGUAAAUGUGAACGAAACCGGAUGUAUACAUUUUUUACACAUGCGUAUUCCUUAGUCUAUUGUGUCUUUCGCUUCCCGUUGACGUUGACGUCAGGUUUCUAUAUACUUGCAUAAAAAACGAUAUUCGAGGUUUUAGAACUUGUGUCCAAUUGUCCCGUGUGUACAAAUAUCGUUGCCUGUUUUCCUUGUACUCGUUAACUUCAUAAACUUUUUUUUUAAGUGAAAAGUGUAUAUGGUGCGACGGACCUAUUGAAUCUCGUCUUCGCGAGACUUACAGGUUUACGCUAAAUAGAAAGAUGCAAGAAACGGAAGGAGCUGACGGUUCGCCAUGGAACAAUUCCAGUGGUUGCGACGAAGAACGUCGGCCAGUACAAAAGGAGGGUAAAAAAUCAAAUAUACUGCCCUUAUGGGGUAACGAAAGGACUAUGAACUUAAAUCCACUGAUUUUAACGAACAUACAGUCGUCUCAUUAUUUUAAAGUGAACUUAUAUGAAUUAAAAACUUACCAUGAGGUUAUUGAUGAGAUUUAUUAUAAAGUAUCUCACUUGGAACCAUGGGAAAAGGGAAGCAGAAAAACAGCAGGCCAGACUGGCAUGUGUGGAGGCCGGUUCAUGCAGGUCCGUGGAGUCGGCGCUGGUGGGAUCGUGUCUACAGCUUAUUGUCUACUGUAUAAACUUUUCACCCUGAGGCUAACACGGAAACAAUUAAAUGGUCUUAUUAAUCAUCCUGAUUCGCCAUACAUUCGGGCAUUAGGCUUCAUGUAUAUUAGAUACACACAACCGCCAGCUGAUCUAUUUAGUUGGUAUAGCGAUUAUUUAGAAGAUGAAGAAGAAUUAGAUGUAAAAGCUGGAGGAGGACAAGUAAUGAAAAUGGGUGAUAUUCUCAAACAAUUUCUUACUAAAUUAGAGUGGUUUUCAACGUUAUUUCCAAGAAUACCAGUGCCUAUACAAAAAGAACUUGAACAUCGAUUAGCAGAAAGAUUCCCUCAGCAGUCUAUGAACGCCCGUAACGCGAAACCACCUAUCACGCUGAAUAGCCAUGGGAAAUAUAGUAACAGCAGCAGUAGAAAAGAUAACGGCAACCUUACCUCACGUAAUCAACCACGACAUAUCCCAGACAGUGAAGCUCAAUGGGGUGAGGCCGAAAGAACGAGUCACUGGCGAGCCAGAUCUGAUGAGGAUCGUAAGGACAAGUACAGAGACCGUGAACGUGAGCGCGAUCGUAUCAGGGAAAGGGAACGAGAACGUGCCCGGGAAAGAGACCGAGAAAGGGACCGACAUUGCAAACGAUCGAAUAGCCGCGAUCGAAGUCGCAGGCAGAGAGAGUAUAGAAGUCGGAGCAGAGACAGGUCGCACAGAGAAAGAAGUAGAGAUCGUUACCGUGACAAGGAUCGUCACCGGGAUAAGAGAAGCUCGCCUUAUGAUUACGCCACAGAACUUGCUCGGGAAAGGGAGAGACAACGAAGGGAAUAAAUGUACACGCCAAUAUGUAUAUAUCGACAUAAAUGUUUGUACGAGUGUAACUAUAGAGAUAAAAAAUGAUUUAGAGCCGAGCCAUUCGAACACCACCACGUUUUAAGGGGACUAACUCCUUCAAGGGGUAGUAGCCUAAAUUUAAUUUCAUUAUAUUCACUAUGUAGUUUACAUGUUUUUAUAAAAUAAAUUCCUCAUUAUAA